AUGAGCAUUAUCAAGGAGGACGAUGCUGUGGGCUGCUACAUGGCGUUGACCCUCGUGGACGACACCAAGGUGGAGGGCACCAUAUUCACCUACAAUCCUAAGGAGGGCAUUAUAGUGCUCUUGUGUCUCCGCGACGAUCAGACAAACAUGAAAUUGAUCCGGACUCCAUACAUCAAGGAGUUCAGUAUUUCCCACGCCGAAGAGGGAUCGCAUCUCCCCCCCGCACUGGACUCGUUCAACGAGCUUCCUUCGAUGCACGCCGGCCGCGGCAAGUCCAUCUUCAAACACGCCAGCACACAACUCAAGAACGCCGAGUCAAACCGCGAAAAGCACUUCAACUCCGUUGCGGCUGACACAUCAAUUGCCACACUCGAUGCAUACCUCAAACUCCUGCGGCUCUACCCCUUCAUUGAGUGGAACAACGAAGAGGGUGUCAUCCAGGUCUCUGAUACCGUCAUUGUCGUAGGGGACCCAGACUGGCGAACGCCCAAGGCAAUGCUGGUGGAGGGUGCCCCCGAGAAGGACAAACCACUCGUAGACCGCCUACAGGUUGCACUCGGAAGUGGGAAGAAGUGA